CCGCGCCGAGGGCGACGCGUGGCGUCGACGACGACGACGACUGCGCCAGUCAGCCCCCGGACUCGUUGCAGAGGAGGGGCGGGCGCCAUGGCGGUUCUGCUGGAAACCACUUUGGGCGACUUCGUCAUCGACUUGUAUACGGAGGAGCGGCCGCGCGCCUGCUUGAAUUUCCUGAAGUUGUGCAAAAUAAAAUAUUACAAUUAUUGCCUUAUUCACAAUGUUCAGAGGGAUUUUAUCAUACAAACUGGUGAUCCUACAGGGACUGGCCGUGGAGGAGAGUCUGUUUUUGGUCAACUGUAUGGUGAUCAAGCAAGUUUUUUUGAAGCUGAAAAAGUGCCAAGAAUUAAGCAUAAGAAGAAAGGCACUGUGUCCAUGGUGAACAAUGGCAGUGAUCAGCAUGGAUCUCAGUUUCUUAUUACUACAGGAGAUAAUCUAGAUUACCUUGAUGGUGUUCAUACAGUGUUUGGUGAAGUGACAGAAGGCAUGGACAUAAUUAAGAAAAUUAAUGAGACCUUUGUUGACAAGGACUUUGUACCAUAUCAGGAUAUCAGGAUAAAUCAUACAGUGAUUUUAGAUGAUCCAUUUGAUGACCCUCCUGAUUUACUAAUUCCUGAUCGAUCACCAGAACCUACAAGGGAACAACUAGAUAGUGGCCGAAUAGGAGCAGAUGAGGAAAUUGAUGAUUUCAAAGGAAGAUCAGCUGAAGAAGUAGAAGAAAUAAAGGCAGAAAAAGAGGCCAAAACUCAAGCUAUUCUGUUAGAAAUGGUGGGAGACCUACCUGAUGCAGAUAUUAAACCUCCAGAAAAUGUGCUGUUUGUGUGUAAAUUGAAUCCAGUGACCACAGACGAGGAUCUGGAGAUAAUAUUUUCAAGAUUUGGGCCAAUAAGAAGUUGUGAAGUUAUCCGCGAUUGGAAGACAGGAGAAUCCCUCUGUUAUGCCUUUAUUGAAUUUGAAAAGGAAGAAGAUUGUGAGAAAGCAUUCUUCAAAAUGGACAAUGUACUAAUAGAUGACAGAAGAAUACAUGUGGAUUUUAGCCAGUCUGUUGCAAAGGUUAAAUGGAAAGGAAAAGGUGGGAAAUACACCAAGAGUGACUUCAAAGAAUAUGAAAAGGAACAGGAUAAACCGUCUAAUUUGGUUCUGAAAGAUAAAGUAAAGCCCAAACAGGAUGCGAAAUAUGAUCUUGUCCUAGAGGAGCAAGCAGAAGACUCAAAAUCAAGUCACUCACAUACAAGUAAAAAACACAAGAAGAAAACCCGUCACUGCUCUGAAGAAAAAGAAGAUGAGGACUACCUGCCAAUCAAAAAUACUAAUCAGGAUAUCUACAGGGAGAUGGGGUUUGGUCACUAUGAAGAGGAAGAAAGCUGUUGGGAGAAACAAAAGAGUGAAAAGAGAGACCGACCUCAAAACCGAAGUCGUAGCCGAUCGCGAGAAAGGGAUGGCCACUAUAGUAACAGUCACAAAUCCAAGUACCAGCCAGAUCCCUACGAAAGAGACAGGAGCAAAAAGAGAGACCGAAGCAGGAGUCCUAAGAAAUCCAAAGAUAAAGAAAAAUCUAAGUACAGAUGAAAGAGAAAGAAUCAGGCAACAGUGGCUGACACAUUUACUCUCAUCUGGCUUAGAGUACCAGGUGUUCAGAUUUUGUGUCAAAGCAGUUAGACUCUGCUUGUUUGUUUUUUUUCCACACCAGAAUUAUGGACCUUUUAGAUUAAUAUGGAUUGUAUAAGGCACAGAAAGACAAUAAACAUUUUCUUUGUAUACUUUUUUACACUAAUUUUAUUGUUAUAUAUAAAUAGUUGUCUUCAUUUUUCAAGUCUUUCACAUUUUCCACUCUUUUUUUUUAAUGAAAUAUAUUUCAUACAGAAAUACACAAACGUUAUAUAUAAGGUCUAAAGACUAGCAAAUAUCCAUGUACCCAUCAGGCAGCAUGAGUAGAAUAUCACCUGUGUGUUAGAAGUACCGUAUGUGCCCCUUCCUUCUCAAGUAGUUAUUCUGAAUUUUGUGUUUGUUAUUCUCUUGUUACUAAAUGUUACAUCAUAUGUAUGUAUUCCUAAAAGAAAGGUUAAGUUUUGUAUGUUUUUGAAUUUUAUGUAAAUGGUAUAAUGUAUGUUUACCUCUGAUUUUUUUUCAAUUUAGUAGUUUUUAAGAGUCAUUUUUAUUGCUAUAUAGUACUGUUUGGAUAGACAACAGUUUAUCCAUUCUUCUGUCGAUGGACAUCUGGGGUUUGUCUGUUUUUGUUUUUGCUGUUACAAACAACGCUGCUGUGAACAUUCUGUAUCCAGGAGUGAUACUGCUUGGUCGUGUGAUACGGAUAUCUGGAUCUUUAUAAGAAAAUGCCAGAUUAUAUUCUACAGUGGCUGUACUAGUGUACAGCCCCCCAACAUCAUGUGAGUUACCUUUGUUUCACAUCUUUUCUGGAACGUAAUUAAAUUACUUGGAAACAGU